AUGAAACCCGCAGGUACUUUCACCAACACUCGGCACUUCGUUGGGCUGCGAGCUGAUAAUCAGAUAUCCAUCAGAAUGAAGCGUGCUGAUGUUUUUCUGCUUGAUAUUUUCGCUACUUUGUGCAGCGAGGAUGUGAAACUGGAGGUAAUCUUCGAGGCCGAGGUCACUAACGGAAGACGAGGUUUCAUUGCGAUUGAUGAUGUACAGGUUCUAAGUUAUCCGUGCGAUAAAUCACCGCAUUUCCUGCGUCUUGGUGAUGUGGAGGUAAACGCAGGACAGAACGCCACCUUCCAGUGCAUCGCCACCGUACGGGACGCGGUGAAUAACAAACUGUGGCUCCAGAGGCGUAACGGAGAGGACAUUCCCGUGGCAGAGAAGAAGAACAUAAAUCACAGGAAGUUUGCGGCGUCGUUCCGUCUCAGUGAGGUGACGAGUCAGGAUCAGGAGCUGUACCGCUGCGUCACCCAAUCAGAGCGCGGCUCCGGCGUCAGCAACUUCGCCAGCCUCAUCGUCAGAGAGCCUCCAAGGCCUAUAGCUCCGCCCCAGCUGCUGGGCGUCGGCCCGACGUACCUGCUGAUCCAACUGAACGCUAACUCUAUCUUUGGCGACGGGCCGAUCAUCCUGAAGGAGGUGGAGUAUCGCAUGACGUCGGGAUCAUGGACCGAGACACACGCCGUCAACUCGCCGCAUUACAAACUGUGGCACCUCGACCCCGACACGGAGUACGAGAUCCGCGUCCUGCUGACACGCCCCGGAGAGGGCGGGACUGGAAAACCUGGCCCUGCCCUCAUCACUCGUACCAAAUGUGCAGAGCCCAUGCGUACUCCGAAGUCUCUGAAGAUUGCAGAGACCGGAUCUCGCUCUAUCUCUGUGGACUGGGAGUCUUUGGGCUACAACAUCACACGCUGCCACACCUUUAACGUCACUAUUUGCUUCCACUAUAUCACCCGGGGCAACCGCAGCCUUGGUGAUCGCGUGCAGCAAGGUGACCGAAACCACGGCGACUGCCUGGAGAUGGACCCGAAAGCCCCACGCCAUGUGGUACCUGACCUGCCCCCCAACACCAACAUCAGCCUGAAAAUGAUUCUCACAAACCCAGAAGGGCGCAAAGAAAGUGAAGAGACAGUUGUCCAGACACAGGAGGACGUACCUGGACCUGUUCCCAGUGCCUCUCUAAAAGCCAUUCCGUUUGAGGAUCGAAUCUUACUGCAAUGGAAGGAGCCACUUGAGCCCAAUGGAGUCAUUACACAGUAUGAGAUCAGCUACAGCAGUGUAUCCUCGUUUGACCCAUCUGUGCCGUUGCUCCGCCCCCCUCUGAUGGUGUCAUUGCCAUUUAAUGCGUCCAGUCACGUGUUCUUGCAACUCCACCCAGGAACCACCUACCACUUCACCAUCCGAGCACGUACCAGCAAGGGCUUUGGUCCUGCCACCACCAUCAACAUCACCACCAACAUUUCUGCUCCGAUUCUGGAGGAGUACGAUGGCACUGAGGCCUUCCUCAACGACACGGCGACCACCAUCACUGUGCUGCUCAAACCUGCACAGGCUAAAGGAGCUCCCAUCAGUUCCUACCAGAUCGUGGUGGAGGAGCAGAACUCUCAUCGAUCACGCAGAGAUGCUGGAACCCUCGAGUGUUUUCAGGUUCCUGUGUCCUACCAGACGGCCACCAGCACCGGAUCUCCGUACUACUUUGCAGCGGAGCUUCCUCCUGGCAGUCUGCCAGAACCUUCUCCUUUCACAGUGGGAGACAACAAGACGUACCGGGGCUACUGGAACGCUCCGCUCGCUCCACGCAAGAACUACAACAUCUACUUUCAAGCUGUGAGCAGUGUGGAGAAGGAAACGAAGACGCAGUGCCUGAGAUUGGCAACUAAAGGAGCUACAGAGGAGCCAGAAGUGAUUCCUGAUCCGGCCAAACAGACGGACCGCGUGGUGAUCGCUGGGGUCAGUGCUGCGGUGCUCGUCUUCAUCCUGCUGCUGCUUGUGGCCAUUAUACUGGUGAAGAAAAGGAGGACCUACUAUUCUUACUCAUAUUACCUGAAACUGGCUAAGAAGCGCAAGGACACGGCUGGAAACGCGCGGCAGGAGAUGACGCACAUGGUGAACGCCAUGGACCGGAGCUACGCCGAGCAGAACACGCUGCACACGGAGGAACCCGUGACCGUCACCUUCAUGGACUCACACAGCUUCAACAACCGAUUGCCCAACGACCCACUUGUGCCCACAGCUGUGCUCGUGCCUAUUACUGACGAGAACCAUGCAGCAGCAGAAAACAGCAGGUUGUUGGAUGUUCCUCGAUUCCACUGUGAAGGAGCUGAGUCUCCGUAUCAGACAGGACAACUUCACCCAGCCAUCCGAGUGGCAGAUUUACUGCAGCACAUUAACCUGAUGAAGACGUCUGACAGUUACGGCUUUAAGGAGGAGUACGAGAGUUUCUUUGAGGGUCAGUCGGCUUCAUGGGACGUGGCCAAGAAAGAGCAGAACCGGACCAAAAAUCGCUACGGCAACAUCAUUGCAUAUGAUCAUUCUCGAGUGAUCCUGCAGCCGGUGGAAGACGACCCCUCAUCUGACUACAUCAACGCCAACUACAUAGACGUAAGUGGCGCUGUGUGUCCCUCCUCCUCCUCCUCUUCCUCCUCCUCCCUUGGUGAAGGUGUGAGAAACAGCUCUCCCUCUCUCAUUUGGCUGUACAGGGAUGGCUACCAGAGGCCGAGUCACUACAUCGCGACACAAGGUCCUGUUCACGAGACUGUGUACGAUUUCUGGAGGAUGAUCUGGCAGGAGCAGUCUGCGUGUAUCGUCAUGGUAACCAACCUGGUGGAGGUGGGACGGGUGAAGUGUUAUAAGUACUGGCCCGACGACGCCGAAGUGUACGGAGACUUUAAGGUGACGUUCGUGGAGGUGGAGCCGCUGGCGGAGUACGUAGUGCGCACCUUCACUCUGGAGAGGAGGGGUUUUAAUGAGGUACGUGAGGUGAAGCAGUUCCACUUCACCGGAUGGCCAGAUCAUGGAGUCCCAUAUCACGCUACAGGACUGCUGUCCUUCAUCCGCCGCGUCAAAAUGUCCAACCCUCCGACUGCAGGACCCAUCGUAGUGCACUGCAGUGCGGGGGCGGGCCGUACAGGAUGUUACAUUGUGAUUGACAUCAUGUUGGACAUGGCGGAGCGCGAAGGCGUGGUGGACAUUUACAACUGUGUGAAAGCGCUCCGGUCACGACGCAUCAACAUGGUGCAGACAGAGGAGCAGUACAUCUUCAUCCAUGACGCCAUCUUGGAGGCGUGUCUGUGUGGUGACACUGCAAUCCCAGUGUGUGAGUUUAAAGCUGCAUAUUACGACAUGAUCCGCAUCGACUCACAGAGUAACUCCUCCCACCUUAAAGACGAGUUCCAGACGUUGAACUCAGUGACCCCUCAGCCCCAGCCUGAGGACUGCAGCAUUGCUCUCCUGCCACGGAACCACGAGAAGAACCGUUUCAUGUCCAACCUGCCACCUGACCGCUGUCUGCCCUUCCUCAUCACCAUCGACGGGGAGAGCAGCAACUACAUCAACGCUGCACUCAUGGACACGUCAGGAGUGUAUCAGAGCUACAGGCAGCCAGCAGCUUUCAUCGUCACACAGCACCCUCUGCCCAACACGGUAAAGGAUUUCUGGAGGUUGGUGUAUGAUUACGGCUGCACCUCCAUCGUCAUGCUGAACGAGAUCGACCUGGCGCAGGGCUGUCCUCAGUACUGGCCUGAAGAGGGGAUGCUGCGUUACGGCCCUGUGCAGGUGGAGAGAGUUUCCUGCUCUAUGGACUGUGACGUCAUCAGUCGCCUCUUCAGGAUCUGUAACCUGACCAGACCACAGGAGGGCUACCUUAUGGUCCGUCAUUUCCAGUACCUCGGGUGGGCGGGGCUUAGAGAAGUCCCUGCCUCCAAACGCUCGUUCCUGAAGCUGAUCCUGCAGGUGGACAAAUGGCAGGAGGAGUGUGAGGAGGGGGAGGGGCGCACGGUCGUACACUGCCUGAAUGGCGGUGGUCGCAGUGGUGUUUUCUCAGCGAUCUCCAUCGUGUGUGAGAUGAUUAAGAGGCAGAAUGUCGUGGACGUGUUUCAUGCUGUAAAGAGUCUGAGGAACAGCAAACCCAACAUGGUGGACACACCGGAACAGUACCGCUUCUGUUACGACGUGGCGUUGGAGUACAUCGAAAACUCAUAAUGGAGACGUGAAGAAGGAGCCGUUCGUCUGUCCAUCGCACCUCCUCUCACCCUCAUCAGAAACGUCUCUCCUGCUCGUCUCACGUGGAGAAGAGGAAAGUCUGCGGACAGAAACGUGUUCCGUUCUGUUUAAUAAAAGUGUUUUUGCGAGCUAGCUUAAAAAAAAAAAAAAAAAAAAAAAUGAACCCGUGGUGAAAAUGUUCACGCUUAUUUUUUUAAACGUACUUUUUUUUUUUUUUGUAAACACGAAGGCCGAUCUGUUGCAUGCCGAACAUCUCGUUUCAUUUCUCUCGUUGAUGUCAGUGUUCCUGUGGAUUGUAUAUGAUUCUAUCUGCUGUUACACGUAUACGACUCCCAGCGGCGUGUAAAACGCCACGUCUCCCUGCGGCGUGACGUCGGCUUUGUGUCGUGCACUAACGGCUGGCUUAUGGUUCAUCAUCACCUUCAUCGGUUUUGUUUUUGUAGCAGAAUUCUAAUCGUAAGCCAAAGACGAGUGUAAAUAUGUCUAUAAAGCACAUUGUUUGUAUUUAUUUUGUUUUUUCUUCCUCGAAGGCUCAAAAACAAUCAUCAUCCUCAUCUUCAUCCCCGCCUAUUUACCCUGUAAACGUUUUUGUUGUGAAUUUGUUAUUUUGGUAGUUUCGUAGACGUCUGACGAUAAAUCAGCUGAUCGACUCGGUGUCGUUUAUAUAAACAGUAAUCACACACUGCAUCUCUGCAAGUCUGGAAUUUAUUCCUUUUGAUUUUCAAAUUUUAAUUUUGGAUUUAAUUCUUUAAUUUAAUUAAACUUCAUCUUAAAAUAUUCAGAAAAUUCAAAUGUUUACCGUUAAAAAAAAUAGAUAUUUGCUGCUUGGGCCAAAAAAACCCAUUUUGUUCAUCUUUCUGCUGCUGAUGGAAGUUUAUUAUUAUUAUUAUUAUUAUUAUUAUUAUUAUUAAUAAUAAUAAUAAUAAUAAUAAUAAUAAUAAUAAUAAUAAUAAUAAUAAUAAUAAUAAUAAUAAUAAUUGCAGUCAGGAAAAUGAUUUAUCUUCACAUGUCUCAUGUUAGUUCAUUUUGUAAAAAAAAUAUUGUAAUUUGUUUCUUUACUUUUAAAAUUUUGCAUUUUGUGUGUGUAUGUGUGUGUGUGUGUGUGUGUGUGUGUGUGUGUGUGUGUGUGUGUGUGUGUUUGAUUGUGGACUGAAUCUUUCACUACAGUGAUAUUGUGAGAAUCUCAGAGAGAAAACAAGUUGUUUUAUUUGAAAGACUUUUACGGAGAACUCGGACACUGACAUACGAGCGUUUAGAGCAAAAUAUCCUGUGUUUAACUCCAGCGUGUGUAAAGGAAGGAAAUCACAAGCAGGGGGCGUCGUGUCGGACCGUUACACGGCGAGUGAACACGAAAAGAAAAAAAAAAAUCAUCCCAUCAUCAGUCACCUCCAUCUUUGUUCUGUCUGUAGUUAUUGGCUUAAUGGCUGUAAUGAAACUAGUGAAAAUCCUUUUAAUAAAAAAAAGAUCAUGUGCAAA